GUAAAUAAUAAAGGUAUGAUGAUGAACAUAAUAAUUGUUUGUGUGUAUAUAUCAUCUAGUAAACAUACAUAUUCUGAUGUCCCAUUGGUAUAACCAAAUAAACUUACAUAAGAGAGAGAUAUGGUUGGUAUCUGCCUAUAAAAACUAUCAGAUGGAUAAAUUUGCACAGUAUAAGGGCAGAAAUAAGCCUAAAACUGGAAAGUUUAUCACUGGUGGAAUAAAUAUUUGUUCAUACUCUAUUCCUCAGCAAUUUUCUAUUCGUAUCUUUUAGUUAUUUAUAUGUGUGUACGUGUAUGUAAAUGGAUAUGUAUAACGCAUGCAAUUAUCUGGAAAGGAAAAACAAACAACUGAAAGUAAUUUAUUUCAUCUACGUGUAUACAGAUAUAUUUAAUACAAGUUAAACUGGAUAGAGAAUAUAUGAAUUUAAAUGUGAUUGGAAUAAAUACAUUUUAUCCUUAUACAAAUAUGACUACUACCGACAAUAACACUAAUAAUAAUAAUAAUAAUAAUAAUAAUAAUAAUAAUAAUAAUAAUAAUAAUAGUGCUCAAUUGCAUAACGUUGUGGAUAACACACAUGUAGAUUAUUUUAACUCGCUAUGUUCUUUGAAACCAGAUAUUCAUACAACGUUUUCUGCUACCAUUGAUAAUCAUAAAAAUCACAACUUUUUCAGUAGUUCAACGGACAUUCCUGUUGAGUCUAUGUUGAAUAAUUAUGGUUUAUUCGACCCGACGACAUCUCAUUUACCUAGAUUUGCUAGUACCGUAACCACUUGCACAAUCAGUAACAUAGGUAAAAAUAGCAGUGCAGUUAACAACAACAAUAGUUAUCUAUACUAUCAUGGUCGCAGCUAUUCGCGUAGAACGAAUGCAGAUAGGAUAAGAAAGGUAAAACAUUCACGAAUUAACAGAGCUUUACCAUCGUCAUCCGCAUCGUCAUCGUUACUAUGGUCAGGGAAGAAAACAAAAUCAUCAAUAAUGAAUUAUGGCAAACUUCACAACCGUGGAAUAAGAUUACAUUCAGUAAAACCACCUUAUUCAUAUAUUGCAUUAAUUACAAUGGCUAUUCUACAUUCACCACAUAAACAUUUAACAUUAGGUGGAAUUUGUGAUUUUAUUAUGUCGAAUUUUCCUUACUAUCGUGAACGUUUUCCAGCAUGGCAAAAUUCUAUAAGACAUAAUUUAUCAUUGAACGAUUGUUUUAUGAAGAUACCACGUGAACCUGGUAAUCCAGGCAAAGGUAAUUACUGGACCUUGGAUCCAAAUUCUUUAGAUAUGUUUGAUAAUGGCAGUUUUUUACGACGACGUAAACGUUAUAAACGUUUAAGUUUUGACAGUAGCAGCAAUGCUUGUUUUUACAAUUAUUCCGAAUUUAUCGACAUCUGUAAUAGUAAAAGACAAAAUAAUGGUCGCUGUAAUUUAUUAAAUCAAACUGAGACUUCUACUACUUCUUUUACCGCUAUGGAUAGCAGGAUAUGUAGUAGCAUUUAUCCUCAAGUCAUUGUGGACAAAAACAGUAAUGUCCUUACUAACGCAUAUCAUUCUGACUUUGAUAGUAAUACACCUGUUUUAAUCAAGACAAAUACUACUACCAAGACAGGUAAAUCCAGUAAUGCUUCAUCACUAAAUGAAAAUUUUUUGAAUGUUUACACCACCAAAAAUGAUUUAAAGGAUGACUAUAUAGUGGAUAACUGUAUUCAAGAUAAUAAAUAUCUUGAGGAAAAAUCGGAAAACAUGUUAGAGUUAAUUGACAAAACUACUAUUCCAUCAGCGAGUACAAUAUCUAUGUGUACACCACAUUCUGUUCAUAAUUCCAAUUUACCUCUGACGUCUUCAUCAUCUGCAUCGUCAUCAUCAGUGAGUGGACCAUUAUCCCCUUGUUCAGUUGAUCCGAAUAUACCCUAUAUAUUCCAAUCGCUGUAUCAAACACAAAAUAAUUCAGAUACAAAUAAUCAAGAAUACAUGCGAAAUUCUUUGUCAUUUAAUAUUGAUCACAUUCUAAAUUCAACUAAGAAGAACAAUGAGACAACCUCAUUACUAACAUCAUCAGUCUUGCCCUCCGAUUCUUUAUCUCAUUCUUCUUCUUCAUCAUCAUCAUUAUUAUUUUCACCACUAGAAAAGAGAAAUUCUGAAGUAGUUAAACCAUUGUUUCCUUCAUCUUUAUUGUCACAUGAGUCUUAUACUCAUUUUUUAUCAAAUCUUUCCAAUAAUACUACUAUCAUCAAUCCUAAAUUAAAUAAUAAUAUCACUGAUGAUGAUAUAAAUUUAUUUAACAAUGAAAAAUUAUUUCAUCAUGCUUAUUUUAUGCAAAUUUUAUCAAAUCGAAAAUUUAAUUUUCCAGAUCAUUUAUCAUCAUAUUGGAAUGGAAUUGAAUCAAUGGAUUGGUUUAAUACAAAUAUAAAUAUUCAACUUUUAUCUCAUUUUAUCCAAUCUGUUCUACAUACAAAUUAAUCAGGAAUUGAGAAAAAAAAGAAAAAAAUUGUUUUCUUCAAAAAGAAACAAACAAACAAUGAAUAAAACAAUUUAUGUUACGGAUUGAAAAUGAUUUAUUUGUAUAUGACUUUAUAAAGUGAUCUAUAUAUAUAUAUUCUUCAAUGGAAACAAUAAAUUCUUUGUUUCUAUUGUAUAAUGAACAUAAAUCUCAGGUGGUUUUGUUUUGUUUGUUUACCUUUUUUUUUCUGUCAAAGCAAUCACCUAAUGAUUAUGAUUGAACAAAAUUAUUCUCUUUACACAACUUAACUGUUUCAAUCUAAUAAGUAACUUAAGGUCAAAUGAUUUCUUCUUUUUUUUAAACAAAGAAGUUAUGCAUAAUAUCAUUAUAUUGUUCAUAUAUAGCAUAUAUAGCAUAUGUAUAUUGUAAUGAUUCUAAAAUAAGUUUUUUUCAUAUUUUAUGAAGAAUUUUCUUGUUCUCAUUCAUUUUUUCAAUUCAUUUCUUUAUUCAAUUUACUUGAUGUCAAUUUUGGUUUAGUCUUUUGUUUGUUUGUUUGUUUAUUUUACUCUUAGAUAAAUAUAAUUUAAAUUGUAUAGUAUAGAGUUAUUUAUUCAUCGAUUAUCUUAUUUAUUUGUUUACUUGAUUACAUCAUACUUUAGUAAUUACUAAUUACAUAACAAUUACAAGUAUUGGAAACAAUAAUCAGUCCCUAUCAUAAUAAUAAUAAUAAUAGUAAUAAUAAUAAUGAUUAUUAUUGUUACUAGUAGUAGUAAUGUGUAGAUCAUCAACAACAAGACAAUUAUAUUACUAAUUUCAUUAUAAAAGUUUAAAUGAUAAUAAUAAUACUAAUAAUAAUCAUAAAGUUAUUUUAAUGAAUUCCUUAUUUAUUAAUAAUCAUUGUUAAUCUAAUGAUAACAUUGAAUUGUACUGAAUGUAUCAUCUAACGUAUUUAUUAUAAAUUAUGUAAUAAAUAUCUGUUCAUUUAACCUUGUUUGUUUCGUUUGUUUGUUUUUUUCAAAAUUAAAUUAUACAGAUCUAUAAUCAUACAAUUUAAUGAUCUUAUAUUUAGUUAGUUAUACGCCUAAUCAUAUGUUUGUCUUUAUAAACUAAUAAAUAUGAGCUUAAAUAAAAACAUGUUUUAUUUUCUUAUCAUUAUUAUUGUUAUUACUAUUACUAUUACUGUUAUUAUUAUUAGUAGUAUUAUUAUUAUUUCUUAAUGGGACAAAACAUCAAUUUAUAUACAUAUAUGUAUAACAAUGUAAAAUAUGGAAUUGAAUUUUGAAAAAAAAACAAAUCAUUUAAAUCACCUUGGAUACUAAUGACAUUUAUUUGAAAUUCUCAACAACAACAGCAAAAAAAUUAAUAAUAAUAAUAAUUUUCAAAUAAUUCAGAAAAAUAAAGUGAUAUACACAUAUAAAAGACGUGAAUAUCAAAGGAGAAUAUUAUUAGGGGAUUUGAUAAGUACCAUUAAACAUUUUGCUCUAAUGUAUAAAUGAGUGAUUUGCCUACAUAUAUCCAUAUACAUAUUUAUAUAUUCACAAAUGGAUAAAUAAUGCUAAGGUUUAAUAAGUAUUUAUUAACUUUAAAACAUUUGAUAAAAGAAAUUUGUUAACACUUCAAAUAUAACAGUAAACACAACUACUUUAAAAUGCAAAUCUAUCAAAUACAAAUGAAUAUUUUGUUUUAAAGAGAUAUUUGCUUAUAAUUUAUUCAUUUUUCACAAUAUAUGAGGAAGACCAAAGAACACAUUAC